UAAUAUUCAUAUACAUAUAUGUACACAUGCAUACACACUCACGCGCGCGCACACACUCGCAUAUAUGAGCAACGUCACGAACAAUAUUGAUCGUAAAAUUUUCUAGACAACUUGUCUCUUCCUCGGGAUUUAUACAUACAUAUUUAUAUAUAGAUCUAUAUAUACAUGUGCAUUUAUAAUAUUAUUGUACAUAAUUCUCCGAAUCAUUUUCCCGGAAGGCAAAUCGCGAGUCAAACAUCACAAUAACGGAGAUCACGCACUGAAUUCUCUAACGUUUACAUCCGGCUGAAGGAUUUUGUUAUCGUAGUCCUCAUAUCAGUGCAAGGACCCGGCGAGUGUCAUGAAGCUCCAUUAUAUUUUAUCUAGGACACUUUGUAGUGGCUUGUGCGGAGAGUGGAACAUACUUCCUGUGUCAUUUAAACGGACAUUCAGUGCUCUAAGCUCCAAUGCAGUACUUAUAAAUCAGGAGGUCGAUAAAUUUGAUGUUGCUAACAAAUCAAAUGUCGCUCCCUUGCAAAAGGACAGCAUUGAUUGGAAAUGGCAAUCAAGCAAAACGGUCGUUCAGUGUAAAUAUAAAAAUGGCAAAGGUAUGCUUCCAGUAGAAGUAAAUGUUUUCGACAAUCACCUUGGAAGCGAUGCUCCUACAGUUGUCAUGUUGCUAGGGCUGUCGGGCAGUGGCGACGAUUUUAAGGACAUGGUUACUUUUCUCAGCUCCGCCGGGAUCCGAUGUGUUGCUCCAGAAAUACCUGGAUUUGGCGACAGUGAGAUAUCUAGAUCUGAUAUUUAUCGACUAGACUUCACUUCCGCGGGUCAGAGUCAGAUGUUAAUCGAUAUACUUAAGGAAAUUGAUGUUGGACGAAUAGAUAGUGUCGUCGCUCAUAGUGCUGCCUCUUGGUUAGCAGUUCGUCUUGGUGCAUCUCAACGCCAUGUGAAAUCCCUAUCUUUGAUUAACCCAAUGAGCGUUUGUCCUAACAAAGCUAUGAGGCCGUACGCUUGGACUAAGCUAGUUGGAGCAACUGCUAGAAAAGAAAAACUCUGGCCCAUUGCUGAUUCUUAUAUAAAUAUUGGAGCUCGAAGAUCAGGUUUUAAGAUACCCCAACACAAAAAAAGACAGAUGUUUGUUUCCCUAGAAACAGUGUCCACUGUCGAUUUUGAUUUGGUCAAACAGGAUGCAAAAACCAUUCAGGAAAAACGUCUACCGGCGUUCGUAGCCUGGAGUCAGAAUGACAAAAUGAUAGAGGAAAGCCUGACACGUCACUUACUAAGCUUAUUAGACGUACAAGAAAAUGUCUCAACAAAACCCCAGUCUCGUUACACUAAGGAAGUUGUAUUCAAUAAUGGAGGACACGUACUUCACAGGAAGCAGGCCAAAUCGUUAUCGGAAAACAUUAUUUCGAUGCUUCAACAAAUACUUUAAUGACGUAUUACUAUAUACGUUUAACACGUGUUUUAGGUGUGUCUUGAUAAAUUGCAAAUUACAUGUGAUAUUUCAAUGGUAUAAUGUAUUUUGUUAAUAGAUGAAAUAUAAAAAUACUGUAAAAUAAAAUAAUUUGCACU